AUGACGCCUCAAAAACGAGCUGAUAAUUGGAUCGACGGUCUCCGCGGGGUCGCAGCUCUAACAGUCGUGACCUACCACUUAUGCUCAUGCUUCGCACCCUGGCUAAAUUCGCCUGCAAUUUCAGAAAAUGGCUCUGUUUAUCUUUUCCAGUACCCAUUCCUUCGACUCGUGGUUGCCGGUCGUCUUGCCGUUGCUCUCUUCUUUGUUAUAACCGGAUACGUGAAUUCAUUUAACUCGAGGAAACACAUUCGCAAUGGGGACUCUACAUUUGCCUUGUCGAGUCUUUCCCGGAACACGUUCACUCGCAUAGGCAGGCUGAUUAUACCAACAAACGCUGCCGUGCUCAUGGUAUGGUUUAUUUGUCAGCUCAACGGAUUUAGAUUCGCGAGCCAAGUCGACUCCGGUUGGAUCAGAGGAUCCGGUACCCCUACGCCGGGACCGACAUUUUGUGGUGCCAUCGAUGGGUUGCUUCGAAACCUGAUACUUUUCUGGCAUAAUGGUGGGUCGGAAUACGAUCACACAUACUGGACGAUUCCGUUCUUCCUGAAAGGGUCUAUAUUGGUCUAUGUGACGCUCUUGGGAACAGCAUAUACUCGACCGAAGUAUACAAAAAUAAUCCUUAUUUUCCUUUAUCUCUUUUCUUGGUCCGGUGGACAAGCUCUCAUGGAAAUGAAUGUUUACGCAGGAAUUUUCCUAGCCGAAUUAAACACCGAUUACGGAAACACCGCCGGCUCUCUCAUUCCCUGGCCCAUAUCAGCACUCAUGAUGCUUUUCGGUCUCUUCCUCGCCUCAUUCCCCGAGGAAAAUCCCAGAUGGACGAUAUGGAGCCGUGCCAUUGAUGCAGCUGGGCUAUCACUAGUCCCCAACGGUGGUGAAGUCAAUCGAUACGUCGUGUCACUAGGAACGACUAUCUUUGUUUUCGGCGUAUUUUUCUCGUGUCAUGCUCGUCGUCUCCUCGCGCAUCCAUUCAUGAACUUCCUCGGUCGUAUUUCCUUCCCAAUAUACUUGCUCCACAAUACCCUCAUUCGCACGUUGCUGACUUGGGUUCUCUACCGACACUCGUUCCUGAUGAACGGGUUGCAUCCUGAGGACAAGGAAGAAAAGCCUAUGUUUUAUGGGCGGGGCGGAGCUUUCAAUUUUGCAUUCGCGAUGCCCCUGUUUUAUCUGAUACUGGUCUACGUGUCAUAUUUGUGGACGAUCUAUGUUGAUCCGUGCACUGAGGAGGUUGUAUCCUGGCUUUCGACGAAAGCCUUUGGUGACAAUAAUGAUUUUGAGUCGUUGAAACAACACCCAUCGAAUAGGGUUUUCAAAGCUUGA